UUGAAACUCUGGACACUUGCAAAGCCUCCGUUAACUCCAUUUCAACUAAAUCAACCCUCGGUCUCAUCGAACACUUUCUUGCUUCAUCUCUUGAAACCUUCGUCACUCUCUUUGUUUUCCCACCUUUAAAAUCCUUUCUUCUUUGCUUCUUCUUCCACUCACAUUGGUGCUCUAUCUCUUUUAAAGUUUGCAUUCUUUGGUGAGGAACCUAGUAUAUUUUGCAGGUUUUAAUAUUCCUCUGCAAAAGUUGGGUUGUUGAAAAUGGCAGCAACAGCAGCUUCCAGCCUUCAGAUGGCAACAGUGAGGCCAUGCAUUUCAACUUCUCACAGAGAUGUCAAGGCAGGUGUUGCCUUUGUUGCUGGAGAUUCUAAGAAAGCAUCAUGGGCCAUGCUUGCAAGCGCAUGUCACCUAUCAUCUGUGCAACCUCUGCACCGGCAUUUUAUGUCAUCUUCAGUAAAACUUGAUAAGGCUGUAACAAAAGCAAUGGCUGAAUCCAAUGAUAGCAAGCCUGUAUCUGGGUUGCCAAUUGAUUUGAAAGGUAAGAAGGCAUUUAUUGCUGGUGUAGCUGAUGACAAUGGAUAUGGUUGGGCUAUAGCAAAAUCUCUUGCUGCUGCUGGUGCAGAAAUUUUGGUGGGGACAUGGGUGCCUGCAUUGAACAUUUUUGAAACCAGUCUGCGACGUGGAAAGUUCGAUGAAUCACGCGUGUUGCCAGAUGGUUCUUUGAUGGAAAUCACCAAAGUAUAUCCCCUAGAUGCAGUCUAUGACAACCCUGAGGAUGUUCCUGAAGAUGUGAAAACCAAUAAGCGUUAUGCAGGGUCCUCUAACUGGACUGUCAAGGGAGUUGCUGAAUCUGUGAAGCAGGAUUUUGGCAGCAUUGAUAUCCUUGUGCAUUCACUUGCCAAUGGACCGGAGGUGAGUAAACCUCUACUGGAGACAUCAAGGAAUGGAUAUCUUGCUGCUGUAUCUGCUUCAAGUUAUUCUUAUGUUUCUUUACUCAAGCAUUUUAUUCCAAUAAUGAAUCCAGGUGGUUCAUCAAUUUCACUUACAUACAUUGCUUCUGAGAGGAUCAUUCCAGGAUAUGGUGGUGGAAUGAGUUCUGCAAAAGCUGCACUAGAGAGUGACACCAGAGUACUUGCUUUUGAAGCGGGAAGAAAACACAAAAUCAGGGUCAAUACCAUUUCUGCUGGUCCACUAAGAAGUCGUGCUGCAAAAGCAAUUGGAUUCAUCGACACAAUGAUUGAAUAUUCAUUAGAGAAUGCACCACUGCAGAAAGAACUAUCUGCAGAUGAGGUGGGCAACACGGCUGCCUUCUUAGCAUCACCUCUGGCAUCCGCAAUCACCGGUGCUGUUAUAUACGUUGACAAUGGUCUUAACGCAAUGGGAGUCGGAGUUGACAGUCCAAUAUUUAAGGACCUUAACAUUCCAAAGAGCAGGCACUAGUGUUACAAUGGUCUUAGGACAGCUAGCUCGCAGUGCAAUUUCGGGUGAGAUGUUUUCCUAAGGGUUUUUUACUUCAGGGAUUGUAAUAUUUUCUGAUGAGGCUUUUGUUUGAUGGAAGAUUUUUGUCAAAUGAACAACUCGCAAUAAUGUGUUCAAUGUCAGUGCCAAUCAGAACGUGUAACUUGCAGGGUUGCAUAGUGGUUCAAAAUUAUUGAUCUACAAAUCAUUAGUCA